GCAGAGGGAGGAGCGGGCCGAGCAGAGGGAGGAGCAGAGUUCUGUGAAACAGAGUCCCCGGCUGGACCCAAAGGUCCGCUCGGACGUCCUGUUCCAGAUGCUGGACUCGAACAGCGGCGCGGCCUCGGAGAAGAUCAGCCUCAACCCCUGGAGCCUGGUGUGCCACAAGCAGCAGCUCAACCGCAUGAGAUCCGAGUCCAAGGACCGCAAGCCCUUCAAGGGCCUGCUGCUGGAGAACAUCGUCCACCCCUUCUCCUUCCCCUGCAUCCUGGACCUGAAGAUGGGAACCCGGCAGCACGGCGAUGACGCCUCGGAGGAGAAGGCGGCCCGGCAGAUAAAAAAAUGCGAACAGACCACUUCGGCGAAGCUGGGCGUCAGACUGUGUGGCAUGCAGGUGUACCAGCCGACCACCGGCGUCUUCCUCUACAGGGACAAGUUCUACGGGCGCGGCCUAUCGGUCGAAGGCUUCCGUCAGGCGCUCUGCCAGUUCCUGGACAGCGGGAAGGGCCUGAGGCGGGAUGUCUUUGAGCCGAUCCUGAAAAAGCUUUGCAGCCUGAAGGUGGUGCUAGAGAGGCAGGAGUCCUACCGCUUCUUCUCUUCCUCGCUGCUCAUCAUCUACGAGGGAAAGGAGUCUGAAGCCGCCCCGCCGCCCGGCCCUGGGCAGAGCGCCGUCCCUGCAGACAUCCACGCUGCUCCCUUGGACCUGGAGCCUCUGUCCUCUCAGGGACCCGGACAUUCGGCGCCAGACGCCCCUCCCCCUCCCUUCCCGCCCAGCGUGACAGACUGCUGCCCCUUUGUGCCCUGCCCCCCAUCAAAAUGUCCCUCCCCACUGCCGCCACCUCAGCAGCUCCCUCUGGUGGACAUGCGCAUGAUUGACUUUGCCCACUCCACCUUCAGGGGUUUCCUCGACGACAAGGUCCUGCACAAAGGCCCGGACCAAGGCUACCUGUUCGGACUGGAGAACUUCAUUCAUAUUAUAAAGGACUUUCGAGAUGAGAACCUGCCGUAGCUCCAGAGGCAGGAGGUUCUGGAGCUACGGCAGGUUCUGUUUUGUUCUGUUCAAUAAACCACCAAAAAACGUC